AUGCGAUCACAUGGUGCUCAUACCGUACUGCUGGACAUCGAGUUUCCAAAACAUCCAAACAUUACUCUCGACGAAAAACUAACCACCAGACUGCAGGGAUCGUUACUGGACGAGGAAAUCGUUCAUAAGGCGUUGACCGCUUGUGAGUCAUGCUUUCAUCUGGCAGCUUGUGGUAUGUCCGGUCUGCAGGCCUUCAAUCGAAAAAUGGUAUACAAAGUCAAUGUUGAUGGCACGUUGCUUCUCCUGGAUUUCUGUAAACGACUGGGCGUUUCACGAUUUAUUUUCGCUUCAUCGGUCGGUGUGGUUUUUACGACCAAAGAGUUAAUCAACGCUCCAGAAGACCUUCCAUAUCCUGAUCAAUCUGAGUACGUAUCCGACUACAGUGCUUCAAAGGCUCAGGCUGAGAGAGCAGUAUUAGCCGCGGAUUGUCCUGCGCUGCGCACGUGCGCGCUUCGCUUAAGAGGAGUGUAUGGGCCAGGCGAGCCACGGUGUACAGAUCGAGCAGCGGAUAUAAUCUUCCGCGGUCUUUACCUCGCAACGUUUUCUCAAAGGUCAUCGGCAUUGACACAGUACAGUGGGGUGAACAAUGUCACCCAUGCGAUGUGCCAAGCUGACAAGGAACUUGCCAAGCCUAAGCCACGUUGUGCUGGGAAGCCCUACUAUGUUGUCGAUGCCAACCCGGUGGACUCUUUCUUGUUCUGGCUCCCUCUGAUUAAGGCUCUCUCAAGGCCUGCUCCUUCAAUAAGGAUCCCCUUUUGGUCUGAUUUAUUUCACUGCCGCCUUGUGCGAGUGGCUGGCAAUGUGGUUCGGCAUACCACCCAUGAUGAACAGGUUGGAAGUGAAUUUACUUGGUAUAACAAACACAUAUUCAAUCGAUGGUGCUAUCAGAGACUUUGA